GUUGAUACCACAGCGAUGACUUACAGCACUUACGGAGUGGAUUUUACACUGGAUUUUAACUUUUUGCGUUUGAUGACGCUUAUUUAUUUAUUAAAGUUUGGGAUUUUGUCUGGCACCUAAAUGCUGUCGCUGGGCAAAAUGCACUCCAGAGCAAAAUCCCGGAGUUGUGACAACUACCUGAGUAUUAAGGACUCUGAGUCUUUGGACAACUGUAUCCAGAGUACCUUGUCUGCCUUGUACCCCCCCUUCAGUGCCACUGCUGCCACCGUCCUGUGGCAGCUCUUCAGUGUGGUGGAAAGGCAGUACCGAGGAGACGGCCUGCGUUGCCUCAUAGACUUUCUCCUUCCUGCUAAGAGGAUCCUCCAGAUCAUCCAGCAAGAAACUUGUGUAAGGUUUCGAGGCUUGCUGUUUUAUCAUGAGGGUUGGCCCCUGUGUAUCCAUGAGAAGGUGGUCCUGCAGCUCGCCCCUCUGCACAAAGUGCGACUAAAACAAGGAGACUUCUACUUACAGAUAGUUCCUUUAGGCCGCAAGACUGCCAAGCUGGUGAUAAAAUGUCUGUCGGCCAGCGGGCAAGCUAUUGCCGAAAUCCCUAUUGCAGAGAGCAUGUAUGGCAGUGUCUUCACCGCUGAGUUCUUGCAGAAUGUAACGCGUGACCGGAACCUGCACCCACUACAGAACUGUCUGCUUACCACCGGCACGGCUGUGUACAGGACACCGUGGAAGAACGUGGUGAACCCUCUGUUUGUCAGCAGCACGGCGGACGCCAUCAUGCAGGCACGCCGCAGCGGAGGUGGCUUCCGUGGCCAUCUCAGUGCCUGCAGCACCAGUGGAUCCACAGGGACCCUGGACAGCCACCGCAGUUCCAGAGAGUCCUUGCAUUCUCAGGGAGCGGACUCCAUUUUCUCUGAACCUUCCACCCCGAACAGAAUCCAUAUGGACCCCAACAGUAUCAGGGCCUCCCAGGACUCAAACCUUCAUCUAACAGAGAGCCAUAGCCCCAGAGACGACACUGCUACACCAAGCACUAAGGCAGACAGACUAACUGAGGAAAGUGGGAUGGGACGGGGGGGUGGGGAUGUCGACGAGAGAGAUAGAGGGCCAGGGUCCAAGAUGCUGUCCUUUAGUACAGACCUCAGCAAUCCGGGCCCUCGCCGCCGCCUCCCCAGGGACUCGGUGGCCUUUGAGAGCAGAAGACUUUUCAGGAAAUCUUACAUGGAGGCCCUGCAGAACCCAAUGAGCCUUGGCUCUAGCUCUGAAUCCAUCCUGGAGGAGAGCCCGGAGCACGGAGCUGGCCUCAGCCCCAGAGAGAGAACAGUGACACCAGGCAGCAGCCCCGACACCCAUACUUCACCGAGAGAACAUAUAUCUCGGAGGCUGGGUACCAGGGGCUGGCUUAGUGGAGAUGACUCCCGGCCUAGCACGCCCUUGCUUUACAUACAGAGGGGGCUGCGGAGUGCUGAGAGACGGGCAGAAAGGCGUUCCAAAUCACUGGAGAGGACUAACAAGGCAGGUCAGGUUAAAGGUCACAGGGAGCGCUCCUCCUCUGGGAGCUCAGUCAGCAUCUCCCCCAAGAAGCUUAUGAAUGGCUAUGCCCUUCGCUUUGGGAAGCUGGACCUGGAGACGGCUUUUCCAGGUUCUGAAAGGAGAAGCAGCAAAGAGGAGCCAGGACAACAUGAUGUUAGCAUCAGCAGUGAGUCCAGGCGGCACAGGCCCGGGGGAGAAGAGGCUCACUCUCCCAAAGCUUCCAACGGGAUGGUUGUCAGGCCGGCCUCAACAUCAAGCCCUUCACAUGACUGUAACCCACACCUUCCCAAACUGGUGUCAGAGGUUAAUCAGGAGCUUCUGGCAUCGGGUGCCGUGGUCCUGCCCGGAAACAGAGAUCGCAGUGGGAGGGUAGUGCUGCAGGUGUGUACCAGGGCUCAGGUGUGGGCAGGUGAGAGCUGCACGGUCAGUGACCUCACCUGUUUACUGGGCUACUACUAUUCCACUCUGCGGAGAGAGAGGCGAGAUCAAGGUCUGACUGUUCUAAUAGACAGCAGGAGGCAGCAGCCUGUCCCAGCUCUGUUGUCAUCUCUGUCUGAACUGCAGGCAUUAGUACCAAAUGCACUUUACUUGAUCCUGUUCCUGGUGGACAAGGAGGCAGCUGCCAAGCCUGAGAGAGACAUCAGUGUACAGACCGAGACGCUGUCGUCUCUGAAGGCCCUGCAGAAGCACAUCGACCCCAGCCAGCUCACACGGGACCUGGAGGGAACCUUCCACUAUGAACACAGUCACUGGAUCCACUUCAGACAGAAAAUUGAACCGUUUGCCAGCAGCUGUAGCACAGCCAUCUCCUCCCUUCAGGAGUCUAUCAGCUCACUGAACAACAGUGGCAACCUGGAGACUUCCAAGGAAGUGUCUGAGGUGAUGGAACAGCAAAAGCAUCUCAUGAAGUGUGUACUAGAUGACACCCAGCUAAACAGACUGCGCCUAGAGGGAGGCACCGUCCUGGCCCGCAUCAGGAAGGAGGAGGCCUGUGAGAACGAGAACUACAGGGAUGCUAUAGACAUGGUGAAUGCACUGUACAACCAGGUCGAUGAGGAGGUCCAUAAGCUUGUGAUCUUAUCUAACAAGUCUCAGAAGCAGUUAGAGAGCCUGUUGGAAGUGCGCAGGUUCGAGGAGCAAACACAGCAGAUCAAGCUGUGGUUCAGUGUUGAGGGAGAGAAGCAUCUGACACCUCUGGACUCGCUCACUUUCUCUGUAGCCACAAUAAAAGAAAUGAGGCAGAGCUUGGACCGGUUUCUGGAGGAGUCAGUGCACCAGCAGAGACACGGCCUGCAGCUGGUUAAAGAGUCUCCAGAGUCCCUCCCCAGCUCUGUCCUCCUCGACUUCAAGCAGCAUCUGGGCUCCAUCUUAAGCAGGGUGGAGAGGAGGAAGGCCCAGUUGGACAUCCUCACCAACCUGUAUGAGUUCUAUGACUCAGCCAACCAGUGGAUGGAGCACUGCCAGGACUACUUCCGCCAGCUGAGUCUGGAGAGCAGCGCUGCCAGCCUUUCACCUGCUGUGGUGCAGAUCCUGAAGGAUUACCACACAGAGGCAUCCAAGUUCUCCAUGACCAACUUCAGCCCCCUCAAUGAGAUGGUGCUCUCCCUGGACAGCCCCUGUCAGCUGCAGCAGUGGAAAACGCAGUGGCACAAAUGUCAGCAGACCAAGCAGCAGCUGGAGGAGACUUUGGCUGAAGCCAUGGCUGCAGGCCCUAACCCCGCAGCUGUCGAUACAGCAAUCUCUUUAGAGGCUGUGGAAAGACAGACCGCUGCCACAGAACAGCGUGGAGCUAAUGGAUGUCUCCAGUUGCCCGACCUGCCCGGUUACUCCACGAGGGCAGUCACACCCCUGGAUUAUGAGGAUACCAAGCCUCAUUCCGCCGGGCCUUUUACCCAGAGCCCUUCUAGUUCAAUCUCCUCCUCCUCGCACUUCCCUUUCCCUCCAGACUGUGACAUCAAACUGAGACAGAGUCCGUCCACGUUUGAUGACACGGACAGUGACUGCACCAUCGACUCGUCCAUCUCCUGCCACUCUGAGCCUGUCUACUCCGGGGCUGCCCGCCAUCGCAAGCAGCCACUAAAGAAGAUCAUGAAGAAGACCAUGAGUUACGAGCUGACCCCGAGGGACAGUGGCCACUCAGAUGCCAGUCACCUCCAUGGCUAUACAGGUGUGUACAUCAAGGGUCUGGAGGUGGCCAAUAACGUGUCUGCAGAGAAGAAGCUGCAGAGACCGGAUGUGAUGAGCCCUGCAUUAGGACGCAGCCGCAGCAUGUCCACUCCCACCAGGACACACAGCAGACUCACUGAGGGAGACAGCAAGAAACAGAGCAGUAAAGUGCAGCACAUCAUGGACGAGAUGAUUUCCACAGAGAGGGAGUAUGUGCGGUCUCUCAGCUACAUCAUAGAGCACUAUUUCCCAGAGAUGGAGCGCCUGGAUUUGCCCCAGGACCUGCGUGGGAAGCGCAGCAUCAUUUUCGGGAAUGUGGAGAAGCUGUGCGACUUCCACGGCCAGUACUUCCUGAAAGAGCUGGAGUCUUGUGCUCACUCCCCGCUGUCCAUCAGUAGCUGUUUUCUCAGACACGAGGAUCAGUUUGGAAUGUAUGCUCUGUACAGCAAGAAUAAGCCGCAGUCAGACGCUCUGCUCACCAGCCAUGGGAACGGAUUCUUUAAGAACAAGCAGCUGGAGCUGGGCGACAAGAUGGACCUGGCCUCCUACUUGCUGAAGCCAAUCCAGAGGAUGAGUAAAUACGCUCUGCUGCUCAAAGACCUGAUCAAGGAGUGCAGCCAUUCUCAGGAGCAGGAGCUCAGUGACCUCCGCACUGCUGAGGAGAUGGUCAAGUUUCAGCUUCGCCAUGGCAACGACCUACUGGCUAUGGAUGCCAUCCGGGGCUGUGAUGUGAACCUGAAAGAACAGGGUCAGCUCCGCUGUCAGGAUGAGUUCAUUGUCUGGUGCGGACGGAGGAAAUACCUCCGCCAUGUAUUCUUGUUUGAAGACCUCAUCCUCUUCAGCAAGACCAAAAAGAUAGAGGGAGGAUAUGACAUCUACAUCUACAAACAGUCCUUCAAGACAGCAGAGAUUGGAAUGACUGAGAAUGUCGGUGACAGCGGCCUGCGUUUUGAGAUCUGGUUCCGUCGGAGAAAGUCCCAGGACACGUUCAUACUCCAGGCCAGCUCUGCAGAGGUCAAGGCUGUGUGGACGGCAAUCAUUGGCAAGAUCCUCUGGAGGCAGGCACUCAGAAACAGGGAGUUGCGCAUGCAGGAGAUGGUGUCCAUGGGGAUCGGAAGCAAGCCUUUCAUGGACAUCAAGCCCAGUGAUGCAGCUAUCAGUGACAGAGCCAUUGAUUAUAUCAUGAAGGGGACAGAGUCAAGGACCAGGGCGUCCAUUGCCGUUUCUUCAUUUGACUACUCCACUUCGUUCAAGAGGCCUCAUUCCACCAUCUCCAACAGCAGCACCUCCUCCUCCAGCAGUCAGUCCUCCUCCUCCCUGCUGGGCUCACUCAACCUGCACCUGUACUCCUCGCCUGCCCACCCUCACCCGUACCCACUGGGCAGCGUCCCUUCCUUUAGCCAGUGGCCCUACGACUGCAUUGAGGAAGAUGAGCUGGAGCAGGACACAGGGAGCCAGCCUUCGAUGAUUACCGAGAGCUCUGAGACGUCCUCCCAGUGUACGUCCAGUGACAGUGUAACAGGGCUGAGUACCCUCACCAUACCCGGGCACUCCAGCACAGUCAUGGACUCUUACAACAACAACGACCCCCCCUCCUUCCUGUGCUCCUCCACGCCCCCCUCCUCCAUCACGUCUCCUGCGAUGUUCCAGAAGGACGAGGACCUCCAGCCCCAGGGCACCAAGUUCAUCACAGCACUCUGACGUCGUCAAGCUGAACACUUCUCGAUGCCACGGCGGUUCUUUAAUUCAGGACAAGAGAUGAAAACGAGAGAGGACGUGAAGAGGCGAGUCCAGUGGUCGCGGAUUCACCUUUGGAGCACUAAGACUCUCACCAUUGUAUGGCGUUUCAUUUAUGAUCCUACAAAGUGGAAAUGAGUGGAUGCGUUAUAUAAAAACACUGUUGUAAUGGUACGUCAAUGGUCUGUACAUUUGUUUUAAUGAACUAGGUAUGAAUCAGUGUUUAUAUUGUAGAUGAGCUUUUUAUUAUCUAUUUUCCAACAAAACAAACAAUUGGAAAGGCCACAGCAGACAGACAAAUCCAGAUAAACUGCCAGAUAUUGUGCAUAAAGCAAUGUUGUUCUGUCGUUUUCUUUUGUUGAUGUCAUUCGUGCGUGUAUGGCAAGCCUGUACAGAGCAUUAAAAUGUUUAAAACAUACAGAA